AUCCAUUGCGCUCUAUUUUGAUGGCGCAGCGAUAGACAAGGAAACCCCAAAACAAGAAAUUAGUUUUCACACAUAUUUUCUCCUCCUUUUUUCCUUCCAUUGAAAAAAUAAAUUCGUAAGGAGAAUCAAUGGGGAAAGGGGGAGAGAGGCAUGUGGAACAACAAGACGACAAAGAAGGAGUAAUGGCGACCGACUUCUUCUGGUCUUACACCGACGAACCUCAUGCUUCUCGAAGACGUCAGAUCCUCUCUCAACAUCCUCAAAUUAAGCAACUAUUCGGUCCUGAUCCUUUCGCUUUUCUUAAGAUUUCUGUUGUGGUCUUGCUUCAGCUUGGAACAGCUGCAUUACUUCAUGAUUCUGGCUGGUUAAAGAUACUGGCAAUAUCUUACUUCUUUGGCUCUUUCCUCAACCACAAUCUAUUCUUGGCUAUCCAUGAGCUAAGCCACAAUCUUGCCUUCUCGACUCCCGUUUACAACAGGUGGCUCGGAAUUUUCGCGAACCUCCCUAUUGGUGUACCUAUGUCGGUAACUUUCCAGAAGUAUCACCUCGAACACCAUCGCUUUCAGGGAGUAGAUGGGAUUGAUAUGGAUAUCCCCAGUCAAAUUGAAGCUCGUGUUGUGACGAAUGUUGUUGCGAAAUCUAUAUGGGUUGUCUUGCAACUGUUCUUUUAUGCGCUCAGGCCUCUAUUUAUCAAGCCAAAGCCUCCUGGUUGCUGGGAGUUCAUCAACCUUUUUAUUCAGAUAGCUCUCGACGUGGCAGUGGUUUAUUUUUGCGGCUGGAGAUCUUUCGCUUAUUUAAUCCUUUCCACAUUUGUUGGAGGUGGGAUGCACCCAAUGGCCGGUCAUUUCAUCUCCGAACAUUACGUAUUCAAGCCGGAGCAAGAGACGUAUUCUUAUUACGGUCCUCUGAAUUUCUUUACAUGGCAUGUCGGGUACCAUAAUGAACAUCAUGAUUUCCCAAGGAUUCCGGGAAACAAGCUUCACAAGGUGAAGGAGAUUGCAUCAGAAUACUAUGAUGGUUUGGAUUCGUACAAAUCUUGGAGUCAGGUUAUAUAUAUGUAUGUUAUGGACCGGACAGUUGGCCCCUUCAGCCGGAUGAAGAGAAAGGUGUCAACCACAGCAAAGAAAUCUGAAUAGUUGUUGUUUCCAUUCUUUCAUCCUCUCCUUGCGUUGAUCUUUACGGGUUAGUGCUUUUUAAUCGAAAAACAAAAGUUCAUAGUGUUUUACAUUUCUGAAGAAUUAUAGUCUUCAUUAUAGUCUUAGACUGAAGAAAUAGUUUAUUUAUUUAUUUAUUUCUUCUGCUUUAGUUUACUUGCGUAUCUAUGUAUUUGUUGUAUCCUGUACAUGUUGAUUUAUUGAGUUGAAUAUUCUUUGAGAUUAAA